AUGGGAGAACAUGACCCGACCAAGUCUCAUCGAGGAAUGAAGAGAGAACGCCGUAGAGAGAACGAGGAGGAGCUAAUUAUGGACAGGAAGAACCUCUAUGCGCCUCCGAGUUCCAUUCCGGACAUUAGAGCAGGUUUGAGAGCUGGCUCAAAAAUGGGAGCGACCCAAGUUCAGAUCCCUUUCAGCGAGAAAAUGGCUAUCAGCUUGGCAAGUGGGGUCAUCAUGGCCGUCUGCGUGAUGAUUUCGCAACGACUCUUCGGUCAGAUGUGGAUCGGUGUCAUUCUAGGGACGUUGUUCUCCACCAAGUUCCUGCACUCCAGAUUCGAUCAGCCGAAACUCGCUCAAGUGUCGGAAGUUGAACCUGCGAAGCGGCCAUUUGCUUCCCAUUCCGAAACCCGCAGUUACAACACAGAGCCGCUUUUUUCUGAUACUUUAUCCCCUAGAAACUCCAUGUAGCAUUCCUCCAAUACAUACUGAUAUGUACACUAAAUUUAUAAUAAUAAAAGGGAAGCUUUUUCAUCAA